AUGUCAGAGGCAAACAAUUGCUUCACGGAUAUUGAUAUUGGUGUUGAACGAGAAGGCAUUGAUGCAGCAACUCCCGGCUCUGGCCUUUGCAAUGAUAGUGCUUUAGCAUCGAAGGUUCUUGGCAAUUUACGGUGAUUUUGCGCUGGGCAUUACCUCCGGAUUUCUAACAAAGCUGUACAGACAAACCGAAGUUUUGCUGCUGAACAAACAGAAUGUGGAACUCUUUAUGAACGAACGAAAAUGAGUUAUGAACGAACACGCACCCCUUAUAGAGAAAGCCUCGAUAAUAUCGAUCAGAUUCAGAAGGCAACAUGGAAAUUCCAAAGUUGCCCUACUGAAAAUUGCCAAUCUAAUUAA